CUCUUGGUGAUGCCGGAGAGGGGAGAAAGGAGAGUCAGAAAGUAAAACGAAGCACUGGGAGUGAAAAAAUGGCGGAUGAUGAAGAACCGCCGAUGGCUGUUCAAAUCCAACCGGAUAUCUCUGACGGGACGACUAUCUCCGCGGAGGAAUCAACCGACCCUGUUUCGGUUGGUGUCACUGUCAUCACUGGCUAUCUCGGCGCCGGAAAGUCCACCCUUGUGAAUUAUAUUCUGAACGGGAAACACGGGAAGAGAAUCGCGGUGAUUUUGAAUGAGUUUGGGGAAGAGAUUGGAGUUGAGAGGGCUAUGAUAAACGAAGGAGAAGGAGGUGCCCUUGUCGAAGAAUGGGUCGAGCUCGCUAAUGGCUGUAUUUGCUGCACUGUUAAGCAUAGCCUUGUUCAAGCCCUCGAGCAGCUUGUACAGAGAAAAGACAGGCUUGAUCAUAUAUUGCUGGAGACAACAGGUUUAGCAAAUCCGGCUCCACUCGCUUCUAUUCUUUGGUUGGAUGACCAGUUAGAAUCAGAAGUCAAGCUUGACUGCAUUGUUACUGUCGUGGAUGCAAAGAAUCUUCGUUUUCAGCUCAAUGAGCGCCGUGACUCAUCCUCAUUUCCCGAGGCUUUUAACCAAAUUGCAUUUGCGGACACGAUAAUAAUGAACAAGAUUGACUUGAUUUCUCAAGAGGAAUCUGAUGAAUUGGAGAAGGAAAUCCAUUCCAUCAACUCCCUCGCCAAUGUCAUCCGUUCUGUCAGGUGCCAAGUUGAUUUGUCGAAUAUACUAAACUGCCAGGCAUAUGAUUCAACUCAUGUAAGUCGUCUAGAAUCUCUGUUAGAAGCAAACGAAUCACUAACCACAACAGACCUUCACGAUAGUGGAGUGAGGACUCUGUGCAUCAGUGAACCCCAACCUAUAAACCUCGACAAGGUUCGUUUAUGGCUUGAGGAAAUUCUGUGGGAUAAAAAAUUGGAUAUGGAUGUAUACCGUUGCAAGGCUGUGCUGAGCAUUCAAAACUCAGACCAGCUGCACAUUUUGCAGGCCGUUAAAGAGAUAUAUGAGAUAGUUCCAGCGCGAAAAUGGAGUGAAGAAGAGAGCCGAAUGAAUAAAAUAGUAUUUAUAGGACACAAAUUGGACGAAGAAGCUCUUAAAAGCGGAUUAAGAGAUUGCAGACCCUGAGGAAAAACCCUAGCUUGCAGCGAAAACCUUGAUUGGUCUAAACCAAUUUGGUUUUUGCUGAUCUGGUACGAAGCUCCCUAGUAUUAAGUGCUGAUAUGGGGGUAUUAGAAAUUGUAAUUUUAGUAUUACAGUGUUAAUUUACAGUAUACAUUAUACUUGGAUGCUGUUUUACCUAUAUAUGUUGUAACAAGAACAUCACCUUUUUCAGCACACUCGUUUAAUCAAAAUUUGAGACCACCA